AUGAUAAAAAUUAAUUAUUCAAAGAUAAAUGGAUUGUUGCGUGUUACUGGCCCCGAAGUUAUGUUUGGUUGGAUUCAUGAAUCGUUUAGACAACUUGUCUAUCGUAAAUAUGGUCGUGAUGUUUGGUUAAAAAUUUUAGAAAUAAUAAAAUUUGAAGAAGGUAGUGAAUGUGAAAUUAGUCAUUAUUAUAAAGAUGAAGAUACAAUGAAAAUUGUUAAUGCAAUGGCUAAUGUUAUUGGUAUUCCAAUAGAAGAAGUUUGGGAAGCAUAUGGUGGUUUUUUAAUUCAAUUUACAAUGGAAACAGGAUGGGAUGAAUUGUUAAAAGCAUUAUCAGAUAAUUUAGAAGGUUUUCUUGAUAGUUUAGAUUCAUUACAUUACUUUAUUGACCAUGUAGUUUAUCGAACAAAAUUAAAAGGACCAUCUUUUAGAUGUGAACCAGCAAAAAAUGGAAGCUUAAUUCUUCAUUAUUAUUCAAAACGUUCUGGUCUUUAUCCAAUUGUUAAAGGAGUUGUCAGAGAGGUAGCAAGACGUAUUUUUAAUACAGAAGUUAUAAUGAAAGUUCAAGAACGUAAACAAGAACAUCUAGAUACAUAUAUAACUGAACAUGUCAUUUUCAGUAUAACAAUGGUAGAAAAUGAAAAUUCAGGUAAUAAUAUUAAAUCAUUAUCAGAGAAAUCUAAUAAACAAAAAGAAAUAGUUAUUCCAAAAAGUGGUUAUAAUUUAACUGUAAAAGAUUUUGUAAAUGCAUUCCCACAUCAUUUAUGUUUUGAUAAGAAUUUAAUCCUCCAACAUGUUGGUUCAUAUUUAAUUCAAAAUUUAUCAAAUUUAAAAAUUGGAUUUACAACAUUAACAGAUAUAGUAGAUUUAGUACAUCCUGAAUUACCGUUAACCUUUGAAUCAUUAAUUGCAUUUAAAAAUAGUUUAUUUGUCUUUAAAAUAAAGAAUAAAGGAUUAAAUAAUCAAGAUGAUACAACAACUGUUGAAUUGAAAGGAUCAAUGGUUCAUUUAGAAGAUCAAAAUUAUAUUUUGUACUUAUGUUCAUUAAGUGUAACAACUGUUAGAGAGAUGAUUAUAAAUAAUUUAUACCUUUCUGACAUGCAAAAACAUGAUGGUACUAGAGAUUUAAUAAUGUUAAACCAAUCCAGAAUGUCACAAGUAGAGUUAAAUAGAAAGUUAGAAGAAACAACAAAAAAUUUAAAAAGAAUGGCUAUGGAUUUAGAAAUUGAAACUCAAAAGACGGAUGAAUUGUUAUGUCAAUUGAUGCCUUCAACUGUUGCUGAAAGUUUAAGACAAGGAAGAAAUAUUGAAGCAGCUGAAUUUUUAGAAGCAACAUGUUUAUUUACAGAUAUUGUAACAUUUACAAAUAUUUGUGCACUUUGUAGUCCUUAUGAUGUUGUUAAUCUUCUUAAUGAUAUGUAUUUACGUUUUGAUCGUCUAGUAACGUUACAUGAUGUUUAUAAAGUUGAGACAAUUGGUGAUGCAUAUGUUAUUGUUGGAGGUGUACCAAAAAUUUGUGAAAAUCAUGCAGAAAGAGUAUUAAAUUGUUCCAUAGGAAUGUUAAUGGAAAGUAGAGCUGUAAUAAGUCCUUUAGCUCAUCUUGUCAAUAAUAAAAAAAUGCUUGAAGAUAAUUCAAUUAAGAUUCGUAUUGGUAUACAUACUGGACCAGUAGUUGCUGGUGUUGUUGGUGCUAAAAUGCCAAAAUAUUGUUUAUUUGGUGAUGCCGUUAAUACAGCAUCUAAAAUGGAAAGUAAUGGAGUACCACUUAGAAUACAUGUUUCAGAUCCAUCUAAAAACCAUGCGUUAAAAACAAAUCCUUCAUUUGAAUUUGAAACUCGUGGUAUUGUUAAUUUAAAAGAAAAAGGUGAAGUUCUUACACAUUUCUUAAUAAAAAAUGGAAGAAAAAGUGUUUGGGAAUUAACGGGAAAACAGAAAGGAAAAGAAUCAUCAAUUGAUGGAUAUACUGAACUUCAACAAGCUUAUGAAGAUUACAAAAAUUCUCUUGCUCUUACUAUUAAAUUGAAUAACCUAAGAAAUGGUAAUGAAAAUGAUGUAAAAAAACCAAAAAAUAAAAGUACAUUUUGUAGUUUGAUGUAA